UAGAAGCUCUGAAACGGUUUGUUUCUGUGCAGUGAAGUUCAUGCCCAAAGAACUCUUCCCAAAGGCCAUCAUCGGCUUCUUGUUGAAGUUCAUAUGUCGCUUUCUUGAUUGAAAGCAAUACGACAGGCAACACCUUUCGGCAGAACGCAGAUAUGGAAGUGGGCGUUGGGAGAGGGCGCGGGCGUGGGCGUGGUACGAACGGAUCGGAUUUAACUGACCUCAGAAGACCACAUGUACCUCCUCCAGAGGUGGUGACUUCCACUGCUGCCCCUGCUGCUGUGUCACCGCAGCCACCGAGUCCCGCGGCUCCUGUGGCGCCGCAGGCUCCGCAGCAGCAGAAUGCGACGAAUACUACCGAGGCCAAUGCAAAUGCCAAUGCAGAUACUCAAGAAGUUAAACCUAAAAAAGUAAUCUCACUUUCUGCGGAUGCACCUGAAUUUGUACCCCGUACAUUUGUACAACCAUCUGCUCAACCACAAAUUCAACCACAGCAAUCUCAGCCCCAUGUGUCUAUGGGAGAUCCGCCACAGAAUAUGCAACACCAUCAGGUAUCAAAUCCUGUCGUACCACAACCACAGAUACAGUACAUGUGCCACCCAGUUGUGUUACAAGUUAAUAACCUCGUUGUACAACUUACCAUGAAACCAAACAAGUUUGAACAGGUUGCCCGUCAAUUGACGACAAUAUUUAGUUGGCAGGUUCAAGAUGCCUUUUUAAUGAAGGAGCUUAUAACUGUCAUAUUUGAGCAGGGCGUUGGUGAAGUCAAUUUCCGUUAUAGUGGUGCAAGAUUAUGUCAGCAUCUUGCUAAGCAUGUAACACAGUCGUAUAAUGGGCCAACGUUUAAGAGUUUACUUCUUCAGAGGUGUCAUGAAGAAUUCAAUGUUCGUGAUGUAUAUCUACACUCUGAACCAACAAGAGUAACAGGUUUUACAUUGUUCCUUGCUGAGCUUUUCACACAGCUAGUAACUCCCACUUCACAACCCUUAGAGAUUCUCAGACAAGCACUUUGCCAACUUUUGAGAUCCCUUCUUGCUCAGCCCACAGAUGUCAAUCUUAAAUGUGUUGCACAGGUUUUAAAGUUUACAGGUAGUUCGUUAGAUGCUGGAAGUAGAACAGAAAUGGAUGAGGUUAUAUGCAACCUUAAAGAUGUUGCAAUGACUGCAGCCAUAUCUCAAGGUACUCGUUCACUUCUUCUCUCCGUGGUUGAACUUAGAGCCUCUAAUUGGGGACGUGGCCCUCCAUCCCCAGCACAGUCUCCUGUUGGUACACCCACACAUUCCAACAUUCCUCUUGGAACUGUGUAUUACGGACCUGGAGGAGUUAUCCAAAGAGUUGAAGAAGAUUUAGAGGACUCUGCGAGUGAUACAGAUGAUAUUGUAAAUUAUGGUUGGUCGCCUGCUGUAGAAGAAUUGGAGGGUGAUGUAGCUGAGGCAUUUGAAGAGUUCCUCAAACUUCAGCAAUGAAAUAUAAGUUUCUUUAAGGCUUUGUUGUCCUUUUAAUUUUAGAAGGCCUUAAUCUUUAUAUGUGAAAAUAGGCUUUUGAGCAGCAUUAUUAACAACAGCUGCUUAUAAUCUUUCAGAAAUAUAAUCCAAGUUCUGUGAGCGUAGUUGUUACUCAAAGGUAGUCUAUAAGGAAAUGUUUUGGUUUAUUGUAAAUUUGUUUGUGUUUCAAAGCUAGGAUCAUGUUUUAUGAAUAUUAAAUUUUAUGAGCCUUUGAGUCCUUUUUUUAGGGAGCAUACUAUCCUCCUCAGAUCCUUUUAAGUUUCACUGGACAAGCUGCAUCUAUACUGUAUGCACAGUCUUGGCUAGAAAAAUUAUUAAGAGAGCCAAAAAGUCAGGGCACUUAUUCUUAGCUAGAGAUGUGUGUGGAAAGAGUUGCAACUAGAGGGAUAGUGAAUGUUUUAAAUUUGAAUAAAAUGGCUCUUAAGUUACCCUACAAGAAAGAAGCCAUUUUGGUCAUACUGUACCCUGGCAUAUAUAUCCUGUAGCCAGCUUGAGCAUCUCUACAGUUCGCGUACAUAUUAUAUUUAAGCUAGUGAAAGAAAGGUUGUCAGGAGCUUUUAUAAAUUUUGUGACCUUACUGCUGCAAUUGUUUGGAAUGUAAGGGAAGCUUUGUUAUAGUGCUUAUUGGAAGCAGUUUGAAGUUCAUCUGGAGAUAUUUUUUUUAUUUUGUAUAUGUGGAUCUGUGUUUUGCCAAAUAAAUUUAACAUGAAGUCAAGGUAUGUUUGAUAUUAUUAAUGUAAUACUGUAUAAAAUACCUAUGAUUGACUGUAUAAAAUACCUAUGAUUGACUGCAUUAAUUUAGUAUUCUUUUCCAUGUGUUUCUCUUUGCUCAAAGAAGUCCUGAAGUAUUUAUACAGACAACUGCUUGUUACUAACAGUACUUUAGUUUUUUUAACUAUUUGCUGUGGAUUUUAUUUGCUAAAUGCCUAUAAACUAAGCACUGAAAGGUAUUUACUCUCAAGUAAUAUUCGGUUAUACAAAUGGAAGUGACUUUGCUGUUGUACUAGUGACAAGGGAGAAGGCAUUAUAAUUGCUACUGCACUUUGAAUGAAGUUAGUAUGUUCAUCAAGUAAGUUUUGAAGUCACCAUUUUUUUUUUUCAUUUUUCCACAUAUUAUUUUGUAUUCUUAAUCAUAUCAUUAUUGUCAAACAUACUUCAUUUUAAACUAAACUGUGCAAUUAAAGCCAAAGGUAUAUGCAAUGCACUUUUAUCUCAAAUUAUGGAGCUGCAUUUGAAAUUUAGAAUUGCAUAGUUUGCAAAAAAACAAAGCAUAUAUCUUUGCAAGUUUAUUUUUUGUCCCAGGUGCUACCUACUAAAUGUCUGCUAAAUGUAGAUUUAUGAGCCCAAGUCAAAUUUUUAAGAAAGACUAUUGUUUAAAUGUUACAUUUUAGCAAAAUUUUAAUAAUAUAACCACUAAUUCUUUUAUGCAUUUAGAAAUUUGUUGCUUUCAGUUUGCUGCUGCAUGCUCUUGACGAAGUAAUAGAUUGAUAUUAGUAGCAAAGAUGCAUCUUGAAAACGUAUCCCUCAUUUUGCAGCCCUUUUCACAAACAACUUACAACCCAAUAUAUGGUUCAGGGAUACUAUUAUUGUCUCCAUUCUGUAACUAAAGGUAAAACACUAAAUGGUGUUUGGUUAAUGGAGGUGCUAAGUUCAAUGGUUUCUCCUAUAAUUAAGUUUUUUAGUGGGAUUAGGCUAUUUCACUCUUUUGGUAUGAUAGGUGACUGUUCUGUUUCUUGGAAAUAUUUAUUUUAAAAUAGAUGUAAGUUCUGGAUGAUUUUUUUUCUGUUGGAAUUUAUAUAUACUUCAUACAGUACUACUCUUCUCUUUUCCAUGGAUGUAUGAAAUAACUCAUUUGGAGGGGGAUAAAUAAAUGUAAAUUGUCUUUUGACAUCACACUUGUAUCUGUAAUUUCUUGCUUUUGGUGGCAUUACAGGGUUACUCUUUAGUGUAUAUGGCCAGAUAUAUUUUGUUGUUUCUUUUUGUUACUUUUUAUUUUACAUUGUGGGGUCAUUAUUAGAGCUGUAUUAUUACUUUGUUUUUUAUCUAGACAAAUGAUGAAAUGUUUCUUAACCUAUAUUGCCUAAAUUUGAUGCAGUUCAUAUGAAAGUAGGCAUCAGCUUGUAGGCUGUUUGAUUAAUUUUGUGUAGCUUUCCACUGUUGACAUGCAUGCCUUAGUUACAAAAAUUAAUUUCCUGUUGUUGCUAUGUGAAUGACUCUGCUGUCAGAAUAUAUUCUUUUACACAACUUGAUACCUUAUUCAGCCACUGUUUCAUGUAUACUGGAAGCUUUUGAAUGUAAAAUCAAGAGUAGAGAUAUAGAUGAUUCAUGCAUCUAUAAGCUAUAUUUCUGCAAAGGGAUACUGUAAUGUACAUAAUCAUCAAGCUGUUCAUUGUGAGGGCAAGGAUCAGUGCAUUUACAGUCACCUUAGUGUACAUUUUGUUAGUAAUUCAGCUGUUGACUUCAAGGUACUGAUGAUGGUGGAUUUUAUGUAGGAUUUUAUUUUAAAGCUUGCUGAUUUGUCAGUGUAAAUUUGAAGCCUGUGUAAGAAUCUCUCUUGAUUAGUUAACAAGGCUUUUUCCUAUUGUAGACUUUACUUAAAAAAAAAGUACAUCAUGUUUAAAAUUUCCUUGUUCACCAGAAAUUUAAUAGGCUAUGAAGUAUUCAAUAAAUAGGAGACCUAAAGAAAACCACAUUAUGCUGUUUGUGCUAUUAUUCAUCUAAACUUAAAUUAUGCUGAGAUUAACAAAAUUAAAAAUUUAUUCUUCAUAAGUGAGCCUGGCCAUUUUCUACUUUAACAUGGAAUGGAUAAGUCAUUAUCACUAAUUGCAGAUGCUAAAGAAACAUGACUGUAAACCAAUAAUUUUAGUUAAACUACGGGAAAUUGGAUUUAAUUUCCACCAUUGACUAUACUAGGUCAAAGAUGAGUAUACAAUGUGCUAACUUUACGGUAUUGUGUCGUCAUGUACAAUGAUACCAGUAAUUACCACAAUGUGACCUAUAUUUCAUGAAUACCUUAGUUAUUCCAGGAAGUGAACCUAUUGCUGGCCUAAGGUUUCUGCAACAAUACUUGUAGAAAUGUUAAUAAUUAUUUGUGUAAAUAUUUAUUUAAAUUAUAAUUCUGAAAGCUAGCUCUUAAUGAGGCAUGAAUUUCUUUUUUCAGUGAUACAGACUGUUUUCAUGCAUGAUUUCUGGUCUAUGAUUGAACAUUUUACUUUCGUAGGUUGUAGUUUAUGAUCAUGAAGUACUCUCACUUAAGUUGUUAACAUACCAGAUGUAAAAUGUAUUAUGGAACUGUAAUGGAAAAAAGAACACCGAAGAGCCUAAGCUCUUCAUAAUUAUGGUAGUAUCUGUGCUAUGGUUGAUUACCAUGAGGAAACAAUUGUUCUUGGUACCCACCCAGAGCAUUUCAAGAACUACUGUAGCUGUAGGUUUAAAGUGUGAAAAUAUUUGAGCUAAAUUUGCUCCCUUUUUUUUAAUCACUUAAGACUAAUUUUAUUGUUCUUGGUACCCACCCAGAGCAUUUCAAGAACUACUGUAGCUGUAGGUUUAAAGUGUGAAAAUAUUUGAGCUAAAUUUGUUCCCUUUUUUUUAAUCACUUAAGACUAAUUUGCUAUCAUUUUAUGGUAUGAAUAUUGUGAUUCGCAAAAAACACUGCUAUUAGAUCAACAGUCCCUACUACACUGAAGUGUGUCAGGUUUGGAUAUCAUUAAUUAUCUUUUGUGAAAAAUGUGAUUAGAAUUAGUGUUGCCAUUCAUUAUUCAUGGGUAUAAGAUGACCUACCAGUGUGUGUAAGUGGUGGAGAAAAAAACAGUAACUUUAGAAUAAUGAAGUAGCAUGGUAUGAAUGUAUGAUGUAUUUUUAAAUAUGUUUUCACACAAAUAUGUUGAGUGAUUUGUUUAUUGACUAUUUACUAGUUAGUAAUUUGCCUAACUGACUGCUACAUCCUAGGACACCAACAUCUGCUAUCUUCCUUUCCUUUCAGAAAAACUCUUAUUAACCUUUUAAGUGAUAUGAUGAAAUAAGCAAUGGUGUUAUACUGAAUGAACAGUGUAUGGAAAAUACCAUCCAUUUUUCUCAUUAAUAGUAUCUUACUCUUACUUGAUGAUGGUAGGCCUUUUGUCUCGGAAUUUCUUCCUAUUAAGUUCAUUUGCAGUGAGCCUGCAAGGCAGAAACAUGUGUCGCAUAUUAAAAUAUGAUUGACUAGACAUCCCUUAUUUUUACCAGUGCUGUAUUUUCCAUCACAGCAGACUUAUCAAAUUUAAACCAACCAAGUUAAAAAUAGUAAUUUAUGAGAUGUCUGAAUUCGUCCAUCCUUGGAUAUGGUCUACAACUUCAUCAAGCUCACUCCUCUGAACAUUGUUAACGGCUCAUAAUAGACUAUGAUUUGAGAUUCAAAUUAUGCAGUUUUGACUACUAAAUCUGGAGUAUGAUCUGCUGCAGUCUUACUGUAACUUGCUGCAUGUCAUUCAGUUUUAGUUCUAUAUAAGUUUCAGUUGAAAGGCUAUAAUGUUAAAAACUUGAAAUGAAUCCACUGGUUCUGGCACUGGAACCUUUUUCUUAGAUGCAAAUAGUUCUAAAAUUGGUAAUGAUUUUAUGAAUAACAAACUCUGCAUUUGACUGUGUGAUCUGGUUAAACAUCCAAAGCGUCUGUAUGCCUCAAAUCUCUGCCAAGGAUGAGCAAUCCCCUCUUCAAUAUGUUCAUUUCCCCUUAUUUCUUGAAGUAUAUAUCCUAAAGAAUACAUAAUCACUUGUAUGAGGUACAUAGUAAAAAUCCACACCUAAAUGUAUGAUAAAACUGAUAGGAAUCUAUAAAUGUGUGCUAAAAUUAAUACUUUAGAAAUCCACAUGAGUUUUUGGUAUAUAUUUUGAUUUUAAAAUCACACCACUUUUUGGUAAAAUUUUCAAAUUCAGUGUGUAACUUUUCAAAAGUCAAUAAGGAUCCUUGGCUGAGGUAAUAAUAAGGCAGUAAUGCUGAUAAAGUAAAUACUAUACUAAUAAUGCAUCAUAAGUUACUACAUCUUGUGCAGUUUAUCCCAUAAUUUUAGUAUUUAGUAUCACUUAAGUUCAAUCUUUUUAUAAUAAAUGCCAGAUAGCUUCUUGGUAGCUAUGUUUUAAAAUCAGUAUGGGGUGACAGUAGAGAUAACUAUCAAAAAAGGAGUCCACAGGGAUUACAGUGUUUGAUACAAAAUGAAUGGGUAAGUAAUAUUCCAAAAAAGAAAAAAAAGGGACUUGGCUUGCAUAUUUGAUGGCUACCUUAAAAUUGCUUCCUGACUGUAGAAAAUAUAAAGCAAAGUAAAUGGUACUCUGUACUUUCUAUCGGUUUUAAUUUCAGUUGACAAGGCAUAACUUUAUCAUUUUUAGUUUCUUAGAAACCUAGUUAUUAUUUAUUAUAAAGGAUUAGCUUAUCCAGACUUCUGAGCCUAAUAAAGGCUCUUCUUGGGCUGAGGAACCUAGUAAAAUGUGUAAUUUACUAAAGCAAAAUGUGGUUUUCCAUUAAAAAAAAAACAUACUUGCACUAUCUUUCAGUUCUCCUUGAGAUAUUACCUAUAUUUUGUCAUGUUUUUAUGCUUCAAGCAACAGUUAAUUGAAAAACUCCAUAAUAUAAUUGAUGUUUUAAGAACAUGGCUAUCAAUUAUCAGUUACAAAACUACAGUUUGAUAUGUGGUGUUAUGGGCUUUAAAAAAAUUGGUCUACCAAUUUUAAAAAAGGACUAAUGGCAGUUUCAUUUAUGUAGUCUUUCAUAAGUAAAACUUCUGUAGAGGUCAAACUUUUGAAGGCUUCUUUAUGAAAAUGCUUUACCACUGAUUGCAGAGGUUAGGCUAACACUGAUUAUUUGAAAUUGAUUAACAACAAUUUGAAAUUAUUUUUGUCUAGUUUGAUGAACAAAGUAAACUCUUUUUUUGUUUUAAAUUUUUUCAUUGGUAUACUUCGUAAUAUCGAAUACAUACAGCAAACACCAUGAACUUUAUUUCUAUAAGAAUUAAAGUUCUUCAAAAGAAAAGAAAAAGUUGGAUUUGUAAGUUUUGUUAUAUCAGUUGGCAAUAGUGAGGUCAGGAUUGAAUAAAUCAUUAAAAAAAAUCUUGGUAAUGAGGUGAGCUGACAAAAAAAGAAUCGUAAUACUACUCUUCUUAAUUCAUAUGGGGUGAAGGUUUAAGAUUUAAGUAAUGUCAUAUUAAUAUCAGUAUUAACAACUGGCAGAAAGAAAUCAAACUGUGAUCAGUGUUACAGAGGAACUGAAGCUUAAGUGUCAGGUAAUGGGAUACAGCAGACUUUUUGUAUUAAACCAAUUCAUAAUAUAGCAAGCAUACUGUAACAGGCCUCUCUUUACUGAAUGUUUUUAAGAGAUAAAGUUGUGAUGUCAGCUUGCUUUAAGAAACAAAGCUGCAAUGUCAGUUUGCACACUUUAAUUGGUCUAAAGCAGUAAGGAAAGGUCAAUUCAGGAAUCGACAAAAGAAUAGGCAAUAGCCAUGGACUGAAUGUUUUACUAAGGCAAAACAAUUGUGCCCUCAUUUUCAUUGCACUUGGUAAGUCAUUUUGGGAAUGCCAUGUACUUAAAAGAAAGCUUUAAUUAAUUAAAGUCCUGGAAAUGGGCCUUUAAAUACAACCUUCUGUUGCAGAUGUAUUUAUAAGGCUGCUUGCAUACGAUCAAACUUUGUUCCUUGUGAUGUCAGAAGUGGAGAAACUGCGGCCAAAGUUUGCCCACUGUUUCUCUGCUUCUGACGUCACAUUGAACAAAGUUCAAUCAUGUGGACGUACCCUUAAAGUGUUGCAUUCCAAUAUCAACUGAUAAGGUUUGUAUUUUUUGUAAAAGCUGCAACUAUAAAUACAUAAGGUCUGAUGACACCAUACAAACAAAACAAAUAAGGUUUGAUGAAAAAUUUAAGUUUAUAUUAACUUAAUAGUUGUAAUGUAUGUAAAAAUAUAUGGAUGUGUCUUUCUGUAAUGAGUUAGAUUUAUUAACAAAACUUUUAAUAUGAAAUAUUUAUUUAUACAUGGCACAGUGCUUCUAUGUUCAUUACUUUCAUGGAUGGAUAUUGUCGAAUACUAAAGCAAAAGUCUUCAAGUGUUGCUCUACAUGUGGCGUGAUGUUUGUGGUUGGGAGAAUAGUGCAAACUAUGUAAAGGUCAAGGUUUCUGAUAAGCAGGCAUGUGCAUUGUCUUUAUUAACUGAAUCCAAGAUAAUUGGGAGUUUGUGAUAUGCUAUUAAUAUUAUUAUGAAUGUAUUAAGUGAUUUGCAUAGUACUGUGGAAGCAGUAGUAUAAGCAAGUUAUGUAGAAUGGUAAAUCUGGUAUUGGGCAAUAGAAACUAAACACUCAUUAAUCAACAGCUGUUAUUUGAUUGAAGAAAUGUGUUAGCUUCUACAGCAACCGGAUUCUUCUUGCAUUGUAAAUUUUUUUUUCUCUUUCUUGUAGACACAGGUCUUAUUUAAUUUUCAGGAGAUUCUGCAGGACUUGUAAAUCUACUGACAUUAAUUAUAGCUGAUAUGAAUCAUACUAGCUUUUAGCGGUAAAUCCAUUCUUUAGUUUCCAUGUGCCUAUGUGAUUGAAAAACACAAAAAUAAUUGUACUGUAUUUAAUUUUAAAGUCUAUGUAGUUGUCUUGAAGGGAAGUGCUGCACAGUCAUUAUUAGUGGAUACAGUGACCCUUGUGACCUACUGUAAUUUGAAGAGUUCUGUGAUGGCCAGGCCCAUGAUAGCCUAUGAUUUUAGUGCAUUAGUAUACAUGUACUUAUAAUGAGUCAGUCAAAAUUCUUUUGACUGCUGAUCUUUUCUGUUACUGAGGGUUUUGAUUCUGUUGUGAAGACCUCAAUGGCUAUGAAUCAUAAACGGGCUAUUUAUGUUGCAAUGUGGAUAAAUGAAAGAGGAUUCAUUAACAGCAAAAUUUUUCCCUAGCAAAUGUUGAUAAUACAGUAAAUACCCUUGAGAUUGAAUAAAAUUAGAUACGUACAUUUGAUACAUAUGUCUGGCAGAUAUCUAUAUUGAAGAUAUUAACUUGUGUAUUUUACCCACAAAAAAAUUCAUUGAAGUAAAGGGUAGUAUUGUUUAUGCUUUGUUGUGGCACUGCCAGUUAAUUGUGUUGUUUUCACUGGCUUUUUUUCACAGUCUUGACUACUUAUAUUUAAUUGACUAUGUCAGUAGUAAAGAUAUUCAUACAAGUACAGGAGAUAUACUUGUGAACUGUAGACUGUUGGGAGUGAAUUGUUAUACUUUUGCUUUUGAGUAGUGAAUGGUGUUUAUUCUAAUUUUUAGUUAUUAGUACAUUGUUUUACACUGAGUUGGGUAGAACUUUGCUGAUUAUGUAGUGUGUCCUUUUACUUUAAUUCUCACUAAUGUACAUGGAUUUGGCAGAAGAGUAAGCUGUGAUUCAGUUCUAAGUUGGCCAUAUUGCCUAAUAUUACUUUGCAGAGGAGACAAUAGUGAUUAAUCUCUACUUGUGGUGUUUAUGUCCUGUUAUACAGGAGCCUUUGCUGGCUUUAGUACUUAUGACUAAUGUUGCAUCUAUACAUUACUACUUAAUUAUAUUGCUUAGACCACUUAAUGCCACUCAUGUAUUAUAAGUAUUAUGAGGUAUAAUUACCUAGAAAAGAUUAGUACAUUCUAGGUUAUAGUUGGUUUGACAAAAAGUGAAAUUUUUUCUCAUUACCCAUGACAAUUUGUGAUGAUAAUUAGGGUAAUUUAAAAUUCGUGGGUGAUUUUAAUUUAAAUAUAAGUAAAUUGCAUGGCUAGCAAUACCACUGCCAAUGGUGAAUUUGAACUGCAGUUUGGUUGCUGUUAAGGGAAUUUUAACAUUGGGAUGACAUUUUUGCUACUCUGACUUCAGUACAGUACUUCUCAUAUGAUUGAUUACACUGAUAUUUCUUGCAGUUUGAGGUGAACCUGCAAGAUUGCAAUGGUAUAAAUUUAUGGGCAUGCAGCAUCAGUCUAAGUACUGCAGCCUAUUUCUUGUUGCUUUUGAAAUGUGUAAAUGUGAUUAAAACCAGAGAUUUAGGUUUCUGUGUCUGAUGUCUAUUUUUAUAGAAAUGUUACUUGGAAAAGUAAAACAUUUUAGACUAUCUUCAAAUUUACAAGUCAACACUUAGUCAUGCCUUAACAUUAGCAUUUUACUUGUAUAAAGGAGCUUGUGGAAUAAUAAGUAUGAUAGCUUGUCUUGCCUUGUCUUGUAGGAAGUUCCAUAUAAUGUUUAAUCCUCUCAUUGUAAAUUUUAUUCAUGAUCUUAAUUCAUGUACUUGUGACGGGUUUUGUGUUGGCUCUUGACAUAAUGUUUUGCAGGAUUUAGGAUUCUACAUCCUCAAAAGCUUUUGUUAUUGUUUCCCUAUCUCAAGUUUACUAAGAUUCCAAGGCACAUGCAGUAAUUUUGUUUGGUGAGAUGAUUCAAAUUUGUAUAGCUCAUAGUGUGCAUGAUCGAUGGUACUAUUCACUGAAAAGUUGCUGGUUGUAAAAGAAAAAUUCUUAGUUUACUAUACAUAGUCAUUUGAUCAUAUUUCAGAUAAUGUCCAGAUAUGGCUGUCUGUAGUAUUGUUCUUUGUUUGUAAGCUAAAGGUUGAGCCUCUAAAAUUCAACAAGUCAAUUGAAAUGAUAAAGUCAUCUAGUGACAUUCUUUGGGGCACAGUUCAUUUAUUUUAGUACUUUUGUUAGUUAUCUGAAAAUGUUAUAAUGUCCUUUUUCAGUUUGGAUACUGUGUACAAGAAGCAGUUGGACAUUAUUCCUAUUUUUUCUCUACAAAUGUUUAUUGUACCUGAAAGUUCCCCCACUUUGAAUAUCCUGUUUUGCUAAAAUACUCAUAUACAUAUUCCAUAUUUGGUCUUGUUUCUCCUGUAGACAUUUAAAAGUAAGAAAUAAAGACAAAGUAACGGUGGUUUUAUUCACUUUCCAUUUGGUUGGCGAGCUAAAAUUACAUUAGCCAAAUCUUACUGUAAUACAAGCCUUUAAGCAAAGGAAUAAAUGGUAUUGUAUUUAGCACCAAUUUUCAUCUCUGAAUUAUCUUUGUAGUGAUAAGAGGUCUUAAAGAUGGCAAAAACUCGGCUUAGUAUAAGAAGAUUUGUACUUUUAUCUGAGAUUUAUGUUAUAGUGCAUUUGUUUGCAGUCUCUGCUUUAUGUUAAGACUUAUGCUUUAGUUAGGAUCUUGAAGUAUUACCCUGUAUUUGUGCUAUGGGCAGUAUGGACCUCUACUCAACUAUAUUUUUCACCAUGGAAAAACAUUUUGUAACUUUAGAAACCCCAAUGUACUUCCCUAAUGACAGUGUAAGCUUGAUUUUACUUUGAGGCUUUGUGCAAUGUAUUGUUAUCCAGUGAAUAAAUUAGGAAAAGUGAUUUUCAUGUUGGUUAUUGCCAAUAAAUCAUGAUGUGUGUCAUAGCAAAGAUGAUAAAAACUCAUUGCAGUGUUCUCCAAAAUGUGCUCAGUAGUAUUUGCUGUGGUACCUGUUAUAUGGACAAGUAGCCAGUUUUGAGUAUAAUAGAAAUCUCCACUAAAGGAGAAAAACAGUGUGGAUAAAAAGAAAAUGUUAUCAACAGUAUUGCAUAAAUGAUUGUGUUCUGGUAUUACAAAACUGGUUAACAGCUGUUAUGUAGUUACAAUAGAAGAAUAGAUAAAAUAUAUCUGUUGUUUUGCAGUUUGUAUCACACUGUGUUUCAUGGCAUGUAAUGCAUCUAUGCCUUAUGUUUACAAAUGGUUUGUGUUCUGUCUUUUUGUGACAUUUAAUCUUAUACUGUACUUUUGAGUAGCGGUGAAAAGGAAACAUUAGGUUCGUCUAAAUUUUUUUUAUAUUUUUGUUUUAAUUGUUCCAUGAUUUGACCAAGGAUUCUUAGUCUAUUUAUUAUUUGAGGAUUACAUUAUUACAUAAUUAUUUUGUUUCAUUUAAGAAAUGCACUGACUUCUCAUUAAAAGUUAAUUUUCUUAUAUUAAAUGUAAGCACAGGAGUUAUUUUAAUAACUGUAUCUUUGGAUCAUCCUAAGUUUCUUAAAUUUAUCUCAAUAUGGUAUGAAAAUAGUGUAAUGUUUCUCCCGGAUACGAUGGUACAGUAUUGUAAUUUUGGCUUGGGUAAGUAUACUGAAGUGCUAAUCAUAUUUAUAUUUAUUCCAGUAGAGCUUUGUUGCUGAUACUAUUGCUAUAUUGUGUUCACUGGGCUUAUUUAUUUGAUAGGUUAACUGGCUAUGCUUUCUCCAUUACCAUAUUUCUUGUACUGUAUUUUGCAUCUCGUGUAAAUAGAGCUGUUUACAGCCCGUAUAUAAUGAUGCUGUACUAUUUUUUUUUUUUCUGUAAAUGUUGCAUAUGGAAGAAAAUUUAUUUGUAAAGAAUUUCGUUUGGUACAGUGUUAUUUUUUCUUUAGUUCAUGAAUUGUUUGUUAACUAUGAAAUAGAGCAUGCUGUAAAUAUGUAUCCUAUUAAUGGGAAGCUUUAACCCUGAGUAAUGCAGGAUUGAUAGGCUUUAUUAGGUCCUAAUUACCAGAUGUAUUAUUCUUCCCCGUCCCAAGUUUUUUUCUUAGCGCAUUGCCAGAUUCUGUACAAUUAUAUUUUUUAAAAGCUUUGUGUCUUGAUAUCUUUGGCCUUGUGCUCCAUGCAAUUAAAUUUUAGAUUUCUUCA